CACAUAGCACUGCGCGGCCAACUGCGAGCCAGCAAGUGGCGCCGAAGACCGAGGCAGCACUGCGUCACGAGCGUCUUGGCGCGGCCGCGCCAACUUGAGCUUCCUGGCCGGCAAAAGUAAACUACCGCUUCGAUACUAAAGAAACAAGAGCAACAAGCCCUCGCCUGCCAGUAGCCUGCGUGACCCUCGACGUUUGUGUGGCAAUUUGCCAUGCGUUUCGCUCAGCCGCGGCAAGCCUCUCGCGCUCAGCAACCCAGCUCCGUAGCAACUCGUGACAGUGUUCGCUUACUCGCCGUAGGCGUCGCCGCGCGUCUCCGGUGCCAGCGCGAACCGACGCGAGUGCUGGCCAUGGCGUCGACUUUAGAUGGCUCCAGCCGCUCAACGAGCCACGUCGACUACGCUAUUGUAGGCGGGGGUCCAGCAGGGCUGCUAACAGCCAAGGCGCUACUCAAGGCCGCACCCGGAGCUAGCGUUCAGGUGUACGAGACGGCUCGCGGCUACUGGCCCCAGGGCGCGGGUGUGCUUCUGGAGCUGAACGGCUGGCGGGCGCUGCACGCCGUGGACGACGACCUGGCAGACAGGCUGCGCUCCCAGGGUUUUCUGUUCGGCUCCGCGGGCGUGUACGACGAGGCCGGCAGCCCCAUGAAGCUGCCGUACACACAGAGCAUGGACUGGAACCAUGCCGAGAGCGAGCGGGUGCACGGACACACACGCGUGAUGGUGUACUGGGGCGACAUCCGCCAGGCUCUGUUCGAAUCACUGCCUGAGGGCAUCGUGUCGUUCAACAGCCGCAUCACGGCUGUAACCCCCGGGGAGCCCGGCAGCCAGCCCGCGGUGCUGCAGAUGCAGGACGCCCAAGGCGACACGCGUACCGUGACGGCGGGGCUGGUGGUGGCGGCUGACGGCUUCUACAGCCGCACCAAGAGGCUGGUGUGGGGCGGCGGCAUGCCCGUCUUCACCAACCGCCUAAUCUGGCGCGCGCUGGUGCAGUACGACGACGACGACGAGGUGCCGGAGCUGCUGCGGCGCAGCGGCGGGGACCCCGUCAUGUGGAUGGGGCAGGGCAUUCCGCCCUCGCGCUUCGCCACGGUGUACACGGUGGGCCACAACCGCUUCGUGUGGACCUGCAUCGCGGGCACAUCGUUCCUGGAGAAGGCCGGUCUGAGCUGGAGCCCCGCCAAGAACGAUGACAUGGGCAUUCAGCAGGCCGGCGCCGGUGCCUCCUCUCCCGCCAAGAGCCGCUGCCUGGCCGUGUUUGGCGAUUACCCGCCCGCCAUCGUGGACCUGCUCCAGCGCACCGACCCGGCCGUCAUCACCGAGCACGGCGCCUACCUGCACGACCUGACGGCACUGCAGGGGGCCUCCGACUGGGUGCGCGGCAAUGUGGUGCUGGUGGGCGACGCCGCGCACACCGCGCCGCCGGACGGCCAGGGACUCAACAUGGCGCUGGAGGACGUCGCGGUGCUGGGCGACUGCGUGCAGCGGCUGGGCGCCACAAGCCAGGCGCUUGAGGACUACGCCGCUGCCCGGCUGCCGCGAGUGCGCGACGUGUGGGUGCGGCCUCCCGGCGCCUUCGAGCCGCCCAACCGCCUGGCCGCAAUCAAGAACGCCUCCUUCACACCGCUGGGCCCUGGGCUCCACAGCGGCAAGAGCCGGCCGCUGCCGGGCUGGCAACCCGCACCGAGGGUGGAGGUGGCGGAGCAGCAGCCGCAGCCGCAGCAGCCGCAGCAGCCGCAGCAGCAGGUGCAGCAGAAGGCGGAGCAAGUGGCGGAGCAGCAAAAGGCUCCCGCGGCGUAGGCGGGUAGUGGAUUGGACUGCUUGGGGUGUGUGUUGCUGCUGCGCGUGCGCUGUUGUGCGAGAUGGGCGCGUCCGCCAUGUCGAGAGGUGUGGCGGCAAUCGUGGGCGGCAAUGCGCGCGUUUAUAUCUAAGGGCUCUGGCGGAUACGUGUUCAACCGCCCGCGCGGGCAUGUGUAUAUUAAGAGUAAGAGUAUCGAAGGUAUUCGUGUGUGCAGGACUGUGGUGUUAACUGAUAGGGGCGGAUUGUACGUAGCGUCAACGGGCAUGGUCCUUCAGAGCUUGCGAGCAGGUAUUUCGCAGGCAUGGUUCAGAGAAAUGAAAGCUAGUGUGAAUGCAAAUGCUAGACGCCAUCGAGUGCUCCAGGCUAGCAAGCAGCAAGAAAGAAGUUAGCAGCAAUUGCGGUUGCUUGUUACCUUUCGAGAUGAG